CAGUCCCUGAUUGACAGUUGACAGAAAAAAACUGUUCUUCAACCGUAAAACUAGUGUGGAGGUAACGAACAAUUAGUUAAAGUACAACUUCAGAGAUCGUGUGUUAUUCAAUUAAACAAUGUUAGUAUAAAGUGGUGCGAAAAAGCAUUCGAAAAUUAAAGACCAUUAGAUAAUCGUAAUCGAUAUUUUUGGAAAUCGACCGGUUCCAAAACACAAUGGAAGCCCUUAUUCCAGUAAUUAACAAAUUACAAGACGUUUUUAAUACAGUAGGAUCGGAUGCCAUCCAUUUACCUCAAAUCGUUGUUUUGGGAUCUCAGAGUUCUGGCAAGAGUUCGGUUAUCGAGAGUUUGGUGGGAAAGUCUUUUCUUCCAAGAGGAACAGGAAUUGUGACACGAGUGCCCCUUAUUUUACAGUUAGUUUAUUGCCCAAAAGAUGAUAGGGAACAUAGGGCUGCAAUGGAUGGAACAGUGGAAGUUGAAGACUGGGGAGUUUUUCUUCACUCCAAGAAUAGGAUAUUUAAAGAUUUUGACGAAAUUCGGCAAGAAAUUGAAGUCGAAACAAAUAAAAUCGCUGGCAGUAACAAAGGGAUUUGUGCUGAACCUAUUAAUCUAAAAAUCUAUUCCACCAAAGUCGUUAACUUAACAUUAGUGGACUUACCUGGCAUCACUAAAGUACCCGUUGGAGAUCAACCACCCGAUAUUGAACAACAAAUUCGUGAAAUAGUUCUAAAGUACACCUCUAAUCCCAACUCGAUCAUUUUAGCUGUAGUUACAGCAAACACCGACAUGGCUACUUCCGAAAGUUUGGCCAUAGCAAAAGACGUUGAUCCAGAUGGACGCAGAACUUUGGCUGUUGUUACCAAGUUGGAUCUUAUGGAUGCAGGAACUGAUGCAAUUGAUAUCUUGUGCGGGCGUGUUAUCCCGGUAAAGUUAGGAAUAAUCGGUGUGGUAAAUCGUUCACAACAAGAUAUCUUAAAUAAUAAAUCGAUCAAAGAGGCCUUAAAAGAUGAAGCUACCUUUUUACAAAGCAAAUAUCCCACACUAGCCACUCGAAAUGGUACUCCUUACUUAGCUAAAACCUUGAAUAGGUUAUUAAUGCACCACAUACGAGAUUGCCUACCUGAUUUAAAGACCCGUGUCAACUUAAUGAUGUCUCAAUUUCAAUCACUACUUAACUCAUACGGGGAAGAUAUUUCCGAUAAAAGCAAAACUUUGCUUCAAAUCAUCACUAAAUUCGCGUCUGCUUACUGUUCAACGAUCGAAGGAACAGCUCGAAAUAUCGAAACAACGGAGUUGUGUGGUGGUGCAAGAAUCUGUUAUAUCUUCCACGAGACUUUUGGAAGAACCUUGGAUUCGAUACAUCCUCUCGCAGGACUAACAAAAAUGGACAUUCUGACUGCCAUUCGUAACGCAAACGGUCCAAGACCCGCACUUUUCGUUCCUGAAGUCUCUUUCGAAUUGUUAGUGAAAAGACAAAUCCGAAGACUUGAAGAACCGUCGCUGCGGUGUGUCGAAUUAAUCCAUGAAGAAAUGCAACGUAUUAUACAACACUGCGGAAGUGAAGUUCAACAGGAAAUGUUACGUUUUCCGAAGUUGUAUGAGAAAAUUGUUGACGUGGUGACACAAUUGUUGCGACGACGUUUGCCGACUACCAAUCAGAUGGUGGAGAAUUUAGUGCAGAUAGAAUUAGCGUACAUUAACACUAAACACCCAGAUUUUUACAAGGAAAUUGCGAUGGUGCCGUCGAUGAUCAAGUCUGGCGAAGGAUCUCGUGCUAACAGACCAAAGAGUAUGUUUACUAAGCAUCAAACGAUGGCAGAACCUCAAGAAUUGAUCGCGCGUGGUGCUGUUGCAGCAUCUGAUCAAGCCGAUUUCUUUAAUUAUCUAUUUCGAAUAUUGCCCGUGUCUAGUUACAAUGACUUCAUGAAUGCUGUUCAGUCUCGAUCUUCAAGUAAUCCACAGCUAAACGAAGAUGCCACAAAUUGGGUGUCUGCUUUAACUAUGGCUCAAAAUGGAACUGAUACGCCGGUUACCAACCAUGUAAAUAGCGUACCAGAAAAUAUGAGAAAUGAUGGCGACUUAAAAUCUGUUUUAAGCCCAGUUAAACCUGUUAAUCUGUUACCGCAAGUUCCAAUAAAUAGUAACAGUUAUAGAAAGUUGUCAGAAAAUGAGGAGCACGACUGUGAAAUAAUAGAACGCUUAAUAAAAUCGUACUUCUACAUUGUAAGGAAAUCCAUUCAGGACACAGUUCCUAAGGCCGUGAUGCAUUUCUUAGUAAACUUCGUAAAAGAUAACUUGCAGUCUGAAUUAGUAACGCAUUUGUAUAAAGCUGAUAAUGCUGACCAACUGUUGGAUGAAUCUGAACAUAUAGCACAAAGGCGCAAAGAAGCUGGAGACAUGUUGAAGGCUCUUCAAAAAGCUUCACACAUCAUCAGCGAAAUUAGGGAGACGCAUAUGUGGUAAAAUAAUAGUCAGAUUUAUAGACCUAGUCAAAAUAAUGCUUGUACUGACUCUGUGUUAAACUUCUGUUUAAAUCUUACAUAAUUUCAUAACUACAACAUGAUAUCAGCAAAAACAUGUACAGGUGUUUGUUGCUAAAAUAUGUUUUGUUUGUGUCCAUAACUUCUACUUGUUCAACUGAGAUAAAAGAUCCAUUGUUGAAGUUUUAUAAGGUUUAAAUUGCCAUAUUAACAUGACUGGAUGUAUAUACAUUGUACAUUACAUGUAUUUCAACAUUUUUAUAGUAUUAGUUAAAAUAUCAGUGAUUGUUAAACAUCAGUUUGAUAUUGUUCAAGGAUAUUAAACUUCAAUUGUUUUUUUAGUCAGUGGUGCAUUAUUGUAGAUAUCACUUGUUUUGAUGUUACAUGUCGCCAUCGUAGUGAUCCCUUUUGUGAAUUUUUGAUGCAUUUUUUAUUUCAUUGGUUUCGCAUCAAUAAAUUAUUGAUUUAGUAGACAA